AUGGACUAUUAUAUGUUAUCCAAUUUACUGUUCGGUUGCUAUGAUUUUCGGAAAAUCAUUGAAAGAAAUGUGGAAACAAUCGCUGUUUUUCUAGCAGUCGCUGGUAUACUAUUCUAUGCAGUCUCCUAUAAACAGAAUGGCUCUAAUACUAUAGGAAUUAUCAUGUCGCUCAUGUCGGCAAUAUUAUCAGCCUUCUAUAGGGUAUAUUUGAAAAAAGUACUUCCUGACGCUUGUCUAGGCAAGACUUUACUAGUACUCACCGUUGUUAGUUUGACAAUCAUGCUAUCUGGGUGGAUAUUUGUAUUGAUUUUUGCAGCUAUUGGAUUUGAGGCAAUAAACUGGGGCAUGAUGCCUUGGGAUACACUCAAUCUGACCGCUGCAUUUGGUGCAGCAAUACAUUCUCUAACAUUUUUAGGAACAGCAAUUAGUUAUCCUGUAUAUGUAGCAAUUGGCCUACUGCUUGGUAUACCUGGAAAUGCAAUAGUGGAUAUUGCAAUUCAUCAGAUUGUAUUUGACUACUUAAAAAUUGUUGGAUCAGUUCUUAUUAGCUUUAGUUUUCUAAUUUUAUUAAUUCCGGAAGAUAAAGCAGUUAUCAUCUCGAAGCGAAUUACGACUUUUUGUAUGAAAUUUACGACGAAAUGUGGUCAAAGCGAUGCCUUAUCAACUUCAAAAUCAGAAAGCUGCAAUAACACCAUUUCUACAUCAUCCAGUUAUUUUUUCAUCGACUCUAAUUAUAAUACUGGCUUUUCCGAUACUCAUAUCUAA